AAAGAGGACAGAACUUGCACAUUUAUUUUUUUAUUCUUAAAGUGUGUUUUGCUGACAACACUGUUACUUCUGUGAGUUGGUAAAAUAACUAUGGCAACACGAUUUUCAAUUAAUUAUGUCAUCAUUAUUAAUCAAUUUUUCCUGCAGGUCUCCUAAUACUGUCACUAGUGUGGAUAGGCAAAAAUAACUAAAUGUACAUGCUUCUUAAUUCAUUACAUCAGAAUUAUUAAUGAAUCACUCCUGCAGGUCCACGCUUGGUCAGCGGGUUCUUUCUUUUCGGCUGCAACACUGCGGGAAAGACUUUCUCUUUCUCGCCGCCAGGGGGCAGCGAAGCCUCUCGAGUGGCACUCACUAGUUCAGAAAGGAAAAAAGUCUGGCAGGUUUGUAAGCUGAACGCAGGGCUGCCCUACUGAGCUGUGGGCCUAUUCAGAAAAAAAUGACUGUGAGGAGGAGAGCUCGCUGUGACUCUGUGGCACGUAAACGGACGUGUAAAGUCUGAACACGACUUCCAGGGGCGAUCAUCAUCAUCAUCAGGCAAACUGCAGAUAUCAGUUCGCACUGAGUCAAACUAGAUAUUUUGCUGUUUACUUAUGAGUUGAUGCUUAUUUCGGAGACUUUUUCAUUGGAUGAAAGGAAGUAAAUGAGUUUUGAGAAGUUCCGGUUCUUCUUUUAGGACUAAUUAACUAAAACAAGAUAAUAAUAAUGAUAAUAAAAACAGCUGAUGGUAAUAAUGAUAAUUAUAAUCACCACCAUCAUCAUCAUGCCAGAGUCAGAGCAACAAAAGAGGGGGGGUGUUUCCGUGUGCAGUUGUGAUCCAGGUAGUGUAUGAGUCACGCAAGAUGCUCAUCUCCUAAGGUUCACCACCUCCAGCAGCAGCAGAAAGCGUCACCCUGCCACCCUGGUGCCCACACAGGGAGAAGGUGGAGGGAGGCGCCGCCGCUGGAUCCCGUCGAUUAGACUCCCAGCACUCCCCACACCCCAUCCGCCCCUUACCCCCGCCUCCCUACCCCUCCCACACACUCACACACACACACACACCAUCCUUCUCUUGCUUCGGCUGCCGCCGCUUGUGUUGGACUGGAUCGCACUGAUUGAUCGUCGGGUGCCUUUCCCGGAGGAAACCCUCCCCACGAAGGAGCGAAGAGGACCAGGAGGAAGUGUGGUGGAGGGAGGUGGGGGGCGGGAGAGAACUCGCGAUCCGCUGCUGUGGUAGUGCUGGUGCUGUUGUUGUUGGUGGUGGUGUUGGAGGUGGUGGUGGCUGUUCGGUGCACAUGACGCGCAGGAGAAAAAAGUGCGUGGGCGGAUGAGGAAGUUGAGAGCUGGGAUUGAUGGUUCCACACCUUUUCACUGCGCUGGCACUUGAUCGCGGCAGCAACGCAGCAGCAGCAGCGGCAACAGCAGCAGCAGUCCACCGGUUCCUGCGAUCAGAGGUGAUCCGCGCGUGGGAAAAUGACAAUCAAGUUUGUGGUCACCCUCUUCACACUUUUGCUCGCUGGAGGUGCUCGCUCUGAUUUACGGGAAUAUGGCGACGACGAUGAGGAUCAUCAGGACACCACUGUCAAUCAAAUGCUGGUGCCCAGGUCGCACCAGGAGGACGCCACACUCAUUCUGAACAAUUUGCUCAAGGAGUACGACAAGACUCUGCGCCCAGACAUCGGAGAGAAACCAACAGUCAUAGAUGUGGGCAUCUAUAUCAACAGCAUCGGCCCUGUGUCAUCCAUUGAUAUGGAGUACCAGAUCGAUAUUAUCUUCGCCCAGACCUGGGUGGACACUCGUCUGCGGUAUAACAGCAGCAGCAUGCGGAUUCUAACCCUCAACAGCAAUAUGGUCGGUCUGAUCUGGCUGCCCGACACCAUCUUUAGAAAUUCCAAGAAUGCCGAUUCUCACUGGAUAACGACGCCCAAUCAGCUGCUCCGGAUCUGGAACAAUGGGAAAAUACUUUACACUCUGAGGAUGACCAUCAACGCAGAGUGCCAGCUGCAGCUCCAUAAUUUCCCAAUGGAUGAACACUCCUGUCCUCUCAUCUUCUCUAGCUACGGCUACCCACGAGAUGAGAUUGUGUACAAAUGGAAGCGAAACUCAGUGGAGACAUCUGAUCAGAAAUACUGGAGGCUUUACCAGUUUGACUUCAUGGGGCUCAGAAACACUACGGAUGUCCUCACGACUACGGCUGGUGACUACGUGUUAAUGACCGUUUACUUCGACCUCAGCAGGAGGAUGGGCUACUUCACCAUCCAGACCUACAUCCCCUGCAUCCUGACUGUGGUUCUCUCCUGGGUCUCCUUCUGGAUCAAGAGUGAUGCCACGCCUGCAAGGACGGCUUUAGGAAUCACCACAGUGCUGACCAUGACCACGCUGAGCACAGUGGCCAGAAACUCUAUUCCUAGAGUGUCCUACGUAACCGCCAUGGACCUGUUUGUCACCGUCUGCUUCAUGUUUGUCUUCGCUGCCAUGAUUGAGUACGCCAUGCUCAACUACUACUCCUACAGUAUACGCAGACCUCCCCCAAAGAAGAGAAUGGCCUACUCAUCUUUCAACAUGGGUCCCACCCCUCGACCUAUGAUGCCCAUGGGCAACUCCUUGUUCUGGCAUGACUAUGAUGACAGUUGUCUGCAUGAGUGCCUGGAUGGAAAAGACUGCAAGAGCUUCUUCUGCUGCUACGAGGAAUGUAAAGAAGGCGGCUGGAGGAAAGGACGGAUCCACGUCAACAUCCGCGAGCUGGAUGCCUACUCCCGGGUUUUCUUCCCCACUUCGUUCUUGCUCUUUAACAUUGUCUACUGGGUCAGCUACCUCUACCUCUAGUCUGUCUCAAGCCGUGAUGUGUGGGCACUGCUGAAACAGCCCGCGGCACUUUGCACCACGGCUUGUAAUUUGAGGUCAGUGCUAAACGUAGGGGAAAAAAUGAGGUGGAUCUGCUGUGUGGGACUUGUGAGGCUGCUGCCUCUGGAGUGAUAUGACGUAUUCAAAAAUACAUGUGUGCUGGCGUGCACAAUGUAAAGGCCAUGAUACUUUGAGCAGUGCCACUCCACCGUGAAUAAAUCGCUCAGCAGUAGAAUAACAAGCCGCCAGCAUUAACUUGAAUGGAUGGGUCCCACUUAUGACUCUCUCAGAAACCAAACAACAGACAGCUGUGACUUCAGAGACAUUUGGGAACAGGGGUUGCAGAGCUGACUCUUGGUCGCGGAGAUGGCGAAGCACCCAUAGUGCCUUCUUUAGAAAGGGUGCGGCACCGAGAGAAGCAGCUUCAGAGUUCCCUUCAUUAUCUUUAUUACCUCAUCCAUCACACCGCCGCAUGCUGAGCUGUUUAGUCUUUGAUGAAACAAACCCAGAACACAGUUCUCACCACUGGAGAUGUUUAAAAACCAACGCUCACCAUUCAUUUCGUAGCACAUUAGUUUUAGUUGUACCCUAGAAUUAGUUCCCUUUUUGAGAAUAGUUGUUUUCUUGUUCUUCUUCUUAUUGGAACUAGAUGUUCUUUCACAGCAGGUCACAUCAGCUGUUACUUGUUAAAUAUGGGUUCAAGUCAGGGGCAGUGGUUGUAUGGUAAAAUCUUAUUUAUUGAGUCAGUGACUUUUUUGUUGAACAUGACUAUUUUGUUUGAACAUGCCAUUUACAGUAUAUGCCAAGAAGAUUUGGGAGUUUUUAAUGAAUGCUGGGCUAUAUUCGCACACAACAACUAUAUAAAGACUGCAUAAUGUCUGCAGACUGAUCUAAAGCUACCUGGGCAUAUUUUGUAUGUUGCAGUAAACAGAUUGGGGUUGGAGUACUGCUGCUUUUUUCCAAGAACACAUCAGUUUAAAACAAAAGGGUUUUUUUCUUACUUAAACAGACUUUGAGUUUUUAAUAUAAUUUAUGACUUACUUAGGCUUAAAGGAAAAAUUGGAUAUUUCCGAAAUUGUACUUUAUAUUCUCAAAUAAUGGUCUUUAUUUAGCUCUUUAUUUAGUUUACUGGUAGAAGACUUCAUUUAGGGCUUGUAGGUUUAUUUAAGAGAGAGGUUUUAAUUCCAAAUGUAUCGUCUUUCCAGUAAAAGCAAAAUGAACCCUUUUUACUGCAUUUAACGUUUUUCUAUAUAGGGUCUAUGUAUACAAUUUAUAGCUGAAAUACAGCGACAAAAUAUUAACUGGCCUUUUUCCCUGAAUGACAUUAUCCCUCCUUAAUUUUUUUAUGAUCCAACAAUUUACUUGUGCUUCCUUCAGGCACACUUACCUUAGAGAAUAAAGCCCAUGGCUUUCUUUGCCAAGAGUUCAUUGAGGAGACUGAUUAAUGUCUGAAUAUGAAAGUAGCAGCCAGUAGCUAGCAAGCCUGAUACAAACACUGAAACUUGGGAGAAGCAUCCAGAUCUGCCUAAAGGGAAAUCUGCCAGGACCUGUAAAAUUUACAGUUUUUGGACUUGUAAAUUCUUUGUCAACUAAAGACAUAAGUUAGCACUUUUACUCUUUAGGUUAAACAGUAACUAGUUAGCGAGCUUUACGUAGAGCUAUUAAACAAACUUUAGUCUUUUUGUUUUUUUCUGAUUUGACAGUUGUUAAAUACAGUUUACAUUUGGCAUACCGAAAUGAGAAUAUGCACUGUAUAUAAAAGCUAGCCAACGGCCAUUAUGAUUGGUUCAAGUUCAAUGUUGAAGCCUUUAGCUACUUUGAAACCAGGUGUGAUGAGCAACUGGAUGGUUCAAGUAAGACAUCAAGGAACGCUGCACUCUCAAAAGGUAGCAACUUGUCUGUUACAGUGUAGCCCUGCUCUAAAGCACACCCUAAAUAAUAAAGUGUUUGCUGAAGUCAUAGAUAAGCUGAGCCAAAAAAUUUUCAGUGCAGUCACCCGCCUUGCUGGCCACUGGUUUAUGGGAUGUCCACACUGGCUUCACUAUUCAGAUCUGGCUUUCAUUCUUUUAUAUACAGUACAUACAUAUUGAAUAACAUUUUCUCAUUCAACUUUAGGCAAACAUAUUUUAACACCCCCCCCCCGGAAAAAAAAUUAUAAGCUACAAAUGAUAUAGCUCUGAGUAAAGACAAAUUAUUGUGCCAGCAUGAAACUAGUUAAACAGGUAAAAUUCUGGCCACAAGCCACUUAAACCCUGAAGAAAUGCAUAUAUGCUGCACCUGGCCCGUUCAGUUUCAGAAUUAUAGCUUGAGUGUAUUAAAUUGAAGCCCUGAUGAAAGCUUCAGUUUUGCUUACUUUUUAUUUUCAGUCGAAAAAUGAAAGGAAUCUCUGAUGUCCUGCCAGGCCCUUAAGGCACAUCGUCCUGUGCCCAGGUGGAAAUGAUCCCAGGUACUGUAAAAUAGGUUCUACAUAUUGUGAUAUCACAUACACAAAUGCACACACACAAAAACACACACAGAUGCUACAUUGGACAGUGUUGAAAAAUGGAUGAUACAAGAUUCUUCUUGAUGACUCUAAAUGGAGUCCCACAUCCCCUCCUCAAACAUGUAAAAUUGAUGCCAUAUGUGGAGGCGUGCAGACACACGUUGGACUGGGCCAGUGGCAUUUCAGACAUGCUUUUGUUUACUGUAAGGUGUUUUUUGCAGUUGUUUGGCUUUGUAGAACAAUCAGCCCUUUUCCUCUCUCUUUCCCAACACACACACUUUUUCCCUGGUAUUUGUAUGUUCAGAGAAAAGCUUUUAUGUAAGUUGUAUCUAAUUAAUGUUUCUAUUUUCAUACAGGUAUAUAUGGAAUGUAUGUUAGGCCAGUAGCAAGGCCACAGUCAAUCUGGUUUCAGUUCAGUCAGUUCGAGCAGCUUAGAUGAGUUUAUAUUUAAGGAUCCCACAUAUUUUAUUUAUGUGGCCUCCAAGAGCCAUUUGUGUCCUGUCCAGAGGUUUUUAAGUAAAAAUCAAAUAGCCUCUAGGGACGCUGGACAAAACAACAGAACAACCAAUUAAUUGUGUGCCACAUCUUAUUCUGCUUAUUUAACUUCUUCUUUUUGAUUUUACCCCAUGAAAAAAAUGUAUGGACAUCUUCAAAAACUAGGAGAUGUUAUAUUUCAAAUGACGUCUCAUAUAUUGAGGCAUUACACUUUUCCUGAUAAAAUAUUUAUCAUUUGGAUUUUCAAACAGUUCAACUUUCUACAAAAAGGAACUGUAACCCUAACCCUAAAAAGGAACGCCAAUAACCUUGUGAUAGUUAAACUCUUAACUUCUACAAGGUUACGACCAACCAGCCUAGGGUUAGAGUAUAGAAGGGUGGGGCUGGGUUAUGUUCAACCAACUAAAUUGUCAAAUCUAGAAGAUGCCAUCUUUCAAAUUAAAUCUCAUGGGAGUCCCAUAUUUAAGCCAGUGGGAGUGUCCCCCCAAGAAGGACACGGACUUUCAUAGAGGAUCAUUAGGGGAUCCAUGUCCCUGUUGGGGGGCACACUCCCACUGGGCUUAAAUCUGGGACUUUCCACCAUUUAACCUUAGAAGCUCCUUAGACUACGAUGACCUGCAUGACCGAGAACCUUCACAGACAUCAAUCUAUGUAACUAACUGUGUAAGAACUGACUGAAUUAACCAGAGCUUGGGCAACACCGCAGUAAACUCUCCUCACCUCUGAUAUUUCUACUACACUUUAUAAGUGUCUUAGUCCAUGUAGAUACUUCAAUAAAAUCAAAUAUCACUAUUUUCUACGUCUUAACAAAAACCACCUGUGUGUUUCAAUUGACUGGGACCUGUGUUUAUAAAGCCUCUUUGCAAUCAGAGUACUAACCCAGGAUCAGCACUGGCAAGCAUAAUGAAGUCGCUCAUGAGCCUCUCCCAGAGACCUCAUCACCCCCAUUAAAAUUUCCCAGCUCGUGUGAAAAGUGGAGAGUCAUUGGCACAGAAAAGGUGUCAAAAAAAUCACUUCCCCUUUUUGCCCUGCUCACCAAGUUUGUUGUGAUUGUCAGUGAGAUCUCUGAGGAGUUGGGCAGGGCUGUAGGAUUUUUUUUAAAAAGCCACUCUGCUCUUGGAUCAGCACUCCAAGGGGAAAUAUUUUAUGAAAACUGACUCUGGAGUGAAAUAGAUAUCUUUUUUCUAGUGCGUGGUACAUUGCUUAUAUUAAUAAAUAACGUUUUGGUCAAGUGCUA